AUGGAUAAAAACGUACCUGCCACAAAGGCCGCCCGCCGACCCAGGCCAGGCCUCUGCGCCCGACGAACCCGGCGGAAAGCCUCCGCCAAGCAGAAGCCGCGAAUCUACAGGUUCAACGGAGAAGUCCUGCCGCAGACGUCAACCCGUCGACAUCCCACGCCAAAGGACCUGCUGCGACGCUUGGAGCACACCUGCGGCGUUUCAAUGUACAGGAUCAGGCUGAUACAAGACGGUCAGAUGCUUCGAGCGAGCGGCAAGCGACCCUUCGCCUCGGCAAAGAGCAUUCAGAUGCUCCUCCUACCGUACGUGCAAGACAAUAGCAGCAGAGACGUGCUCCAAAGUCUCGAAACAGCAAACCGAACGCAAAACACGGCGGCAUUGAGAGAACUGCUGUGGCGACCCGUGGACCCAAACACAGCCUUCCCUCGCUACCUGCCGCGUCCAAUCACAGCACUAGAACUGGCGCUGCUGAGCGCAGGACCGCGCACGGAAACGAUCCUUUCCACACUGCUAAAGGCGAAGGCAAGGCCUAAUGACCCGAGAAACCAAGGCAUGCUCUGCCUAGCCGUGCAACAGAACGACAGCAAGACGCUGCAACUGCUCCUGCGGCACCGAGCGGACCCGAACAGCUCCACCAACCGAAUAACCCCCUUGGACAUAGCGUCCCAACUGCCGCAUCAGGAGCAGGAACCUAAAGCAGCACUAAUGCUGCUAGCAGCGCGAGCAGAGAUACAGGGCAUGCUCCAAGACGAAAACAGCUGGACGUUGGAGCCAAGGCGGAAAGACUAUCUGGACUACGCGCCCCCUCGGUCGCUCGCAAGCACAGUAUGCUUGGUGCGUGCUGCAGCAGGACUGCCAGACCACACGCACCUGCAGCAGAUCACCCUCCGAGAUUGGCAGUCCUGCUGCAGCACGCACCAAGCAUACUGUGCUUGCGAGCGAACGAGGGUGCGCGUAGUCCAGAUAGUCUUUCCGCCUUGGCUCCAACGUCCAGCUGUUUUCGUCUUGGAGCAUGCCCUGUAUCUCUGCUCGCGCUGCUAG